AUGGAUCGCGGCCUACAAACGCUCGCCGCCAACUACUAUCCGCGUUGCUCUCAGCCAGAACAUGCAAUUGGUAUACCACAUCACACUGAUCAUGGCCUUGUCACUCUCGUCAUCCAGAAUGAGAUGAAUGGCCUCCAAGUUGAACACAACGGCCAGUGGCUCACCGUCAAUGGCCCUGCCAACGGAUUCUUUGUCAACCUCGCUGACCAAAUGCAAAUUCUUACUAAUGGCAAAUACAAGAGUGUGGUGCAUCGGGCAACUUUCAACAACAAAGCUUCGAGGAUAUCUAUUGCCAUACCACAUGGACGAUCUGUUGAUACAAUUAAUGUACCGGCGCCGGAGUUGCUGGAAAAAGAAGGCCAAGCUCCGAAAUACAUUGGAAUGAACUAUAAGGAGUAUAUCCAGCGUCAACAAAGCGGCAAGAACUAUAUGAAAUCCACCUUUGAUCACAUACUAGCGUAA